CAUCUGGUAUUUAUUUACUUUCUUCAUGGUGGGGAUAUGACAAAAAAUAGAGUAUUGUAAAUUAUUUGAAUGUUUUUUCAGCAGCAACACAGCAAGCUUUUACAAGCAGUGACAAAAAUAAAGUGUUUAUUGCAGUUAGCCAGAUUAGCUCAAGAAUAACUAUUUAAAAAUGGCAAGUGAGGUUACUUUAAAGAAUGUUGACAAUGCGUGCGAAACUGCAGAAGAAUUUACAAGAGUUUUCUACAAACAAGUAGACAACAGUAGACAUUUAACCUCAAAAUUAUACUUGGACACAGGACUGUUGGUAUGGAAUGGAAACGGUAUAAAUGGAAAUGAUAAAAUUCAGAAGUUUCUAAUGGAUUUGCCAGGCAGCAAUCACGUAUUAAAAACAUUAGAUGCACAGCCGAUAUCCGAGAAUUUAGUCUCAAACAAAUUAACAUAUCUGAUACAAGCUUGUGGAGACGUUACGUACCAGAAUGAUGAUGUUAAGAAACCAUUUCAACAAACAUUCCUAAUUGUUGCCGUUGAGGGCAAAUGGAAAAUAGCAUCGGACUGUUUUAGAUUACAAGUCCCUCAUAGUAACUAGACCUAUAAGCAUUAUUUUCAACUUUGAAGAAAUAAAGAUAUUAUAUAUUUUU